CCGCCCUUUGAAUCCUCCUUCAAUCCUCCUGUACCGCGACGACUCUUCGUCUUCGAGAUGACGCCUAGAAAGCUCCCAAGCUAUGAGCCGAAUCAGCCUUUUUGGGUGGCAGAGGAUACCCUGGUCUGUCGCGCCGCGCCAGAACUAGACUCCCCAGAAUCGGCGCCACCAGUCGGAAAGAACCGGAUUGUUUACUUUAUGAUGAGGCAGAUGGCGUCACGCAUAACUAAGUAAUGCGCAUCUUUGGCGACGAUUGGUAACUCGUUGUUCAACCGCACACUUUGUCACUUAUAAUAAGUCUCCAAUGUCGCUCCAGCCGUCGCACCUAGCGUCCACUACAACGUAAGACUAAGGCAAAAAAAAGCAUCUGUUGAGAGUCGAGUGAAACCGAAAUGCAUAAAUGCCACCUACCUACCUGGGUGACUUUUUAAGCAUUUUGGUGACCCGCCAGUCGCCCUUUGGAAACUGAUUGGGGUCUAGAGUGUUCACAACUUCUGUCAUGUGUGAGUCGAGAGGCGCGGACUUGUUUACGGACAAAAAGAAAGAGGACGGAAGAAUAGAAAAAUUUCAGAUCUUACGCGCAGCUUGAUUUAAAAGGGGGAGAGCGUCCCAUCGCUCUCCCUCGCCGAUCCUUUUAUCUCCCGCCCGCUCUUAGCAGAGAAGUGGCUAGCAGGCAUAAGGCAGCCCCUUUGGUAGGAGUAAUCCCUCCGGUUUCUGUUUUUCUUUUUGGGUAUUUUAUGGCGAUUGCGGAAGCGGGAUCCGGUUGAGGAUUGCUCACGCCGCGAAGGAGGGAGCGCGAGGCAGUGAAGAUAAGAAAAACUAGGUUAGUGCUCCCUCAACAACGAAAAACAUGUUGUACUUAGGGCCUUACGCCAGUAGGCAUUUACUUCUAGUUGUUCACUUGUCAGUUGAUUGCGCAUUAGUCAAGAGUUAGCAGGGUUGGCAUCCCCUGCGCUCGUGCCUUGUAGGUAGGCGUAUAAGAGUGGGACGGUUGGCAGCCGGUGGAGGUUUAUAUAAAACUCUUAAUCCGCCUCCUUUACUCCUAGGGUUCAUCUUUUUAGAAUCGGCAGGUUCGUAGGCAAUUAGUGCGCUGUAUUAUAAGGAGGUAACCGGACUCCACCUGCCGUCGGUUUGCGAACCGGAUAAAGCUGAGGCCGCUCAUUUAGUAGCCCCGGGAUACAAAAAAAAAAAGUCCAGGCUGAAGCGAGAAGCCCUUGAAUCUUGAAGUCUCCAGGCGAUUUAGACUCGGUUUUGAACAAUUUUUUCUAAUUGCUACACCGGUCUCCCACUCGUUGAGCUAGAAAAUGGCAUUGUGCGGAUGGCUAUUACAAAGACCGACGAUCGCCUACACGAAAAGUUGUCGCAUAAACAGCGACAAAAGAUGGUGCACUGGGUUACACUGGACGCGUCACGAGUCAAUCCACGGAAAAAGAACAUGCUGGUCAUCGAGGGCGACGAGCUCACUUUUUUCAAAGUGUUCCUCUUGAAUCGCUAUGGUACUGGCACCGAGGACCGUCGAUCAAGAAAGCGAGGUGGAGAAGACGUUAUGAUUGACAAGAAACAGUAUUAGAUUUACAAAAAUAGAAGUUCGCUACAAGACGAUGGUUUUUCUGUCUACUUAUCGAACUUGAAGUUGUACUGCAAUCAAGUUUGUUGACGUUAUUUCUUCGGUCUAGAAGAUGUUGACGUUAUGUGGUAUAUUAAGUUUUCGGACGAGUCACUCUCAUAUCUCACGGCGGCGGCAGCGGUACGAGUUCUUCCAACGAGGAUGGGAACACCAGUGGGGGUGGGUCACCGCGCAACACUUUCUUGACGCAGGGAACGACAGAGACUGACGACGUGGAUAUCUCGCAGGUGAUUAGUUUAGAUACGUGGUAUCGUUUUUACCGCGAUUUGGACAGGAAUGGUAACAACCUAGUGUCCAUGAUCGAGUUUGAGGCGGGGCUUCUGUCGAUGAAGUACCCUGACGAAAGCACAGAUGCCGGAAGCCAAAGACGAAGGAAAAAACUGCUACAGUUGCUGGACAAAGACCGAUCAGGGGAGCUGUCUUUUGAAGAGUUUGGAGCAAUAUUAGGCUUCUCAAGCGACGAGAUACGCAAGACCAAGGAAGUUAUGUCCACCUAGACUUCUUGGUUGCUUCUCGUAGUAGCUAGUAGUAGGAUCGAGGUUGAGCAAUGUCGUAGUUUUUCGCAGCACAGAGCAGUACUUAUAAUGUCUAAAAAGAUGUCUCUCUUGUAGCGAAUGUCACUCCAUCAUGACCAGCGAUGUUGUUCAACUAUCUUCUCUGAUCCACCUUCUCACUAGCUCAUCUACCUACUACAAAAAUCCCAAAAAUCCUUCUGAUCCUGAUACUUUUCUAAAGAACACAUGAUUCUAGAGGAGAUCCGGCGGAAAAAGAGUGGCGCAGCUGGUUUUGGAGCUCGUUACUCGGCUGCAGAGGAGUAUGAUUUGCACGCGCGAAUGGAGGAAUACGGUCGGCGCUCCAGGUCAACAUUGCCUAGUCAGCGUCAUGCUGCUCGAGUGUAUGGGAAUCGCAGCGUGCAAAAGGCCCAUGAUAGAUUUACGGGAGAUGAUUCUCCAUUUUCAAUAUUAAGGUUCUACUUGAUGUGAGGAAGAAUGAAUGUAAGAAAAUAACAUGCUGGUGUAAUCCCAUCUAUCAUCUCUAAUAAGCUGUCUUUUGGCGGAGGCAAUGCGGCGUUACUGGCUCUCGGUGGCCCAGAGUCCGCUGAGAGCGCCUCUCCGGUAAAACGUGCGCGUGCCGCAAUGCGCGAAAGCGAGUCAUCUAGAGUUAAGGCUUCAAGAAAUCCAUCUUUUUAGCCAGCAUCUUGGGCCCGUGUUUUAAGGGAAAAAUCUGGUACCAGGAUGCUGCCCCAGAUGGAUUUUUCCGAUCUCUAAUAGAGUUACAUCGAGUGAAGGAGCACCGGGAUCGUCGUCAGCCGGCAACUCUCUAGAGCACGGAAACAAAACCGAGCGACUACCAAUACUGCCGAUGAUUAAGGGUUGGAAGGUGACCUCUCAUGCUCAUCUAUGAGCAGCAUAAAUCUAUGAACAAGAUUUUCCUUUCCAGCAGAAAAGUCUAAAAGUCAUAGAUUUAGAUAUGCUGGAUACUAGACAGGUCAAAUUAAGAGUACAACCCCUAAGAUGGUGGAAGCGCAAGAUGCUGGCGGGGGCGCCGCAGCUUCGAGGUCUGCGUCGCGGGAGCAAGAAGCGGCUGCGGCGAACAGUAUCAGUGUGAAGCAACAACAAUCAUCGCAACAAUCACCUGGCGCAGCAGGUGAAGAUCUACAACUCAGGGGUGGGUCCGCGCCGAACAAGAUGAAAACAGGCUCAGGCGCAAACGGUGCAAGCUUAGAUCAGCUGAAUACCACACUGGGGACGACGCUGCCAGCCACCAACUCGACGAACUUCGGAUCCCAGUCUCUUCAGCUAGAAAAUACUAUUGCACCACACGGAAGCAGCAUCUUGCCUGCAGAGGGCAGGGAAUCCAAAUCCUUGGUGAUGCAAGAGGAGUUGCAGCUUGUGCCGUCCACAGCGCCAGCCAUGCUGAAACGCGGUGAGCGGUCCUCGUCCUCGACGUCGAACCAAGAGAACAACAGGAGACACGCUCCUCAUCGAUCAGGAUCAUCGCCAUCAGCAGCCCUAUCGUUCACAUUUCCGAACACCGACAUAAACACGCGCUACAUCUCUAGUGCCGGUUUUGAGCGCGGAUCGCACAGAAUCCUACAUCCUAAACGUUGGACAUCGCGAUACGGUGUUAACGACCCUAAAACGCCGCCGCCGUUUCGAGAUUACUUUUCUUAUGUCAAGAAGUAGAAUUCGUAUGUCAAGAAGUCUCUACUCGGGUCGCUACGGAACCAGGCAGCUUCGAGUGAGUUGCUACGUGGUUCGAAUGAAUGAAUGAACAGCAAAUCCUUUUUCCACCGCAGUACAUCUUUUAUUCCGGUUCAGAGCAUGAAAGCGUGGUGAGAUCCACGAACGAUUAAAGCAGGGAUUUUAUUUAUUUAACUUUCCUAUCACUUCACCUUUUCAGGUCAAGACUCUCCUAUUCCACACAACUCCAACUCCUACCUUCCAAGAUUUUUAUUACUUUGACUGCAUUAUACACAUUCUCCACCCAUUUAGGAACUUCAAUCAAAAUCAACACCACAAAUAGGGAAAACAAAAAAAUGUCCUCACGCUGCGCCCGUCUCUGUCCUGUAAUAAGGAAUCUGUUCAUCUCAUGCAAAUGAGAUUCUUGACUAUCUAAGGAUCAAAAGCUUAUUUAACGAACGCAGUCUUUCUUUUCUAGAAACAAUCAAUGAUUAAAGACGAGUCUUUCUUUUUCUAGUUAGGUCUGCUCCACCCACUUUAUUGAAGACCAGAAAAGCCUUCCCUCUUACAGCAUGUUUAUACGAAUCUUCCUUAGGUGCACGCAGGUACUCCCUCAGUUUCUCACCCCUUUCAUCUCUUUUCCGGUUACGGCUUGUUUUCUUCGGAACCAGAGAUUUUGGAGCAGGAGGCACGGUUACCACCGGGUGUUGGCACCGAUAGUUACGCCACUAGUCGCAGUGACCCGCCCGAAGGCGUGGAAGAAAAUAUCAAGUUGCGUUACCUAGAAAGCCGCAACAAAAUUUAAGGCUUCAAGAAAUCCAUCUUCCAGAACAUCCCGGAGGGUUAGUUUCCAAAGUGGAAAGAAGCACCCCCAUGAUGAUGUUCGACAUGAAGAUGAACUAUUCCUUCGGGAAGCUCGAAAAAAUCAGUAUGGGAGAGGAGCUAGUGCUUUUUCGACAGUACUUACAUGACAAGUAUGGAGCGAUAACCUUUGCGGACAUGGAGAAGAUCUUUCGGAUGAUGGACACUAAUGCGAGCGGUAUUAUUAUAAGUACCAUCAACAGUUGGAUAAUCAAUUACAAGAUCAGUUGAGGUAGUUGUUUGGUGGAGGUGUUUGGAGGUCGUCUGGAUCUGAACUCAACAUUCUUGUGAAGUCUCUAUCUGUAUCUUGUUCUUUCUUAUAAGCUAACUUCUGCUCGUCCCAUCAGAUCGGCUUGGUGUGUCCGCGUUUACGUCUGCGCUGCAAGCGACUCUGAGGUACCCCGAAGAUGGUGCUGGUACGCAAAGAGCCAUGCGACGACGCGUCAACCUGUUUCUCAUCAUGGAUUUGGAUGGCUUGGGGAGUUUAGACAGGUAAGUAUAUCAUUGCGAGACAGGUAAGCAUAUUCAUCACCAUCUACUUCACGUAGACGAGUAUUCGUCUUAAAUAAAACAACCAGUUAAGUAGUUUUUACCUCUAGUAAAACUUAGAUUUAUCCCAUGCAGCAACACGUCUGAAAUCUCCAAAUCCAAAUCCAAAUAGACGCAUCUACUAUUUAUCCCACGCAGCAACACUUCACAUACACAUACCGAGUAUGUCCGAAUCCACAGGUAUGAGUUCUGUCGAGGUCUGACGAAGCAGUUGGAUGCCCAAGUAAACAUGGGGGAGAAGUAUCAGCGCAGGUUACAGCGUUGGGGCGGAGCGUUUUCAAAGUGGGUCCUCCUUGCGAAGGGAGCAAGGGUUAAGGCGUGGUAUAGGCCUAUAUAUAAGGCGUAUUGCCCUAUAAUGAAUCGUGAACCACAUGAUUAUAGUACUAAUGUUCAUUUAUAAUGAAUCGUGAUGAACCACAUAAUUAUUAUUGCCCUAUAUAUGAUGAAUCGUGAUGAACCACAUAAUUAGAUACUGUUACUGCUAACAUAUUACUGGUUGUUCCUUAAAUACUAAUGUUCAUUAUCAUUUAGAUAAUGAUAAUACCGUGGUAGAGAUCACGAUCAGAAAUUCCUUUUUUUUCAUUCCUUCUUUCCUAUACAGUUUUCCCUUUUUCCUUUAUCGUUUGCUUUUAUCCCAGUCCCAUACGGGGGAAAAACAGAUCCAGGAAGUUGAAUCCCACAAAAUCACCAGAACUGUGGGAGUAGAUUUAAAUGCGAGGUUUCUGCGAGGAAGUUCUAAAAAGACAUUGCGAAAAAAACCAGCAGAGAGAUGGCAUUCAAGCGAGAAGGAGCUGCGCCACUCAUUCAGACCACAGAUGACGCAAUCCAGUGAAUCCGCAAACAGCUCGAAUACUUAGGUCGCAGGCUCUUUGAAUUGAAUACUUAAAUGUUUUCAUAGUUAGGAAGAUGAAGGCUUUCUAGCCUAGUUGAGCAGUCACUGACAUUUCUAGUCUAGGUGAAUCCCCAGAGGGGCUCCCAUCAUCAUCUUUUUGCAGCUCUGCGAAGAUCUCAUGAACAUUCUGGUUUUGUAGACGCAAGCCCAACCCCCCUCUAGUUCUAACCCCUGCAGCUUGCUACGACUGGCGGAGAAGCGACCCAGCAGAUGAUAGGCAUAUCGCAUCACACCAAGCUGCCCUCAAUGCGCCAGCUGAGUACCAAUCGUGCGAGUCUGGAGAUCCUCCAAAGAAGGGCACGCUUCCGCGCAGUGACAGCCUUUCAGCCAAGGCCGUUUACUUAAGGCGAGUUACCAUAUUGGUCACAUUCUCCAGUAAGAUCCUCAUUAGCAGUAGAAAAGUAGAAAGGUAGAAAGUCUCGUAGUAGAAAUAAAUUGGCCUGCAAGAAGGAUGCUCAUCUGAUUCUGAACAAGAUGAAUGUACCUAGUAGUGUCGCUGCAACUGCUCCCUCUAAGUUACCAUCGGGACGUCGAAUUUAGGCACUACGUUUGGGCCUCCAAGACCAGAAACGAGUCCAGACAUGACAGUGGAAAUGUACACGAUACCCCGAAUAGGCGAAGACGGAGGAACCAGUGGCACGACAAAGGGAAUGUCAGCGGCGACGUUCCUCGCGGAUGAGCACAACCUUUUGCCGACGAACACAGAGGAUGAUGAUCAGGUACUUUUUAGGUCACUUUUUUUUUUGUCCUCGCCAAUGAUGUGAGAGGUGAAUUUGAGCCUGUGAGUCGGCAGCAUCCUUUACUACGUUUACAGAUUCUGAAAACUUAUACUUCUUCCAAUUAGUUGUACUAGAGAUUUAGAGCAAAACGCUCAUACUCACACCCCACACAGGUCUCAGACGUGUUGAAGAACCUUCAGAGACGAUUCCUCGAGGCAGAGAACAUCAAGCAGGCUAGGAAAGAUAGGGCGUUAGCGGAGACUGUGGAUUUCGCUCAGACGUUCCACAAACCUUUCACUUCCUCGGUUUGCCACAUGUCGCCGGUCUGUAACUACGGGUCUAAAAUUGAAGUCUAGACGAGACUUUCUUUGUGACCUAAGAAGACAGAGUCUUUCGUAUUCACUGGCAGAAGUCUGCACUGAACUUCGUGCGAGAUAAAUUGCAUUGUAUUGGGCAUUGCAGACAUAAUAAUGUACCAGGGUGUAAGUGAGUACUUUGUAGUAAUCAGCGUAGUACUAUGUUGCACACACCCACACAACUAUCCUCUCUUACUCGUAUUUCAUUCUAUCCAUCGUAUUUCAUUCCGUCUAUAUUCAACCGUGUAAAACGAUACCUGCAUCUUCUCGUACUGUGAUGCACACACACACAAAUUUCCGUCAUUCAACCCACAACAUGCUUUAAAUUUGCAUCGACGUCCCGACAUCCAUGUUUGCGAUUGGCUCCCAUUCAUGCCUCGUAUAAUGUUGUGCAUCAAGAAUCAUGUUAAACCUGAAAUUUACCCCAUUCUUUCGUAAAAGUGUAAAGUUACCUCCUCCGUUCUUUCAGAUAUCAAGCACAGUAGUUAACCUGCAAGACUUCAUGGAAGCGACUACACUGGUUGCUCUCACACUUGAUACUAUGUUGAAAAACCGGGAGGACUCAAAGACAGGAGAGAUAUCGUACGCGACACAAGAGAGGCGAUAAUGG